AUGGCAAGGAAGAUUAUCCUCAACAACUGCACCAUCCAUCGAAACAACUGCUCUCGAUUUCAUUGGCGAAGGAAAGCCGGUAUGACUGAAUCCCCUUAUUCUUCUUCUUCAACUUCUGCUUCUGCUUCUUCCGCAGCUCCUCUCUCGUCUUACUUCGCCUCCAAUCGAACUAGCCCUCGUACCUCCAAUUCUGCCAGUUUCGCCAGCGUAGACGAUGCACUGGAUUCAUUUAACCGGAUGCUCCACAUGAAUCCCAGGCCUUCAAUUCUGCAAUUUAACCGGUUAGUGUCUUCUCUUCUCAGAAUGAAUGCCUUCCAGGCUGCCUCGGAUGUGUUUAAACAAAUGGAAUUAGCUGGACUUCCCCUUAGUAUUUACUCGGUUAACAUGCUGAUUGAUUGCUUCUGCAAAUUGGGUAGUGUGGGUUUUGGCUUCUCAGUUUUGAGCAAAACUUUCAAACUUGGCUUUCAACCUGAUGUUGUCACGUUCAGUACAUUGAUGGAUGGGCUAUGUAAAGUUGGAAAAGUCGUUGAGGCUGUGAGGUUGGCUGAUAAAAUCAGGAUUCUGGGGUGUCCACUGAAUGUGGUCACUUACAACACAAUCAUCUGGGGACUGUGUAGGGCAGGACAGACAAGUAUUGGACUUGAAUUGCUCGGAAAAAUGGAAGAGUUUGGGUGUGAACCUGAUGUGGUUAGUUAUAGCACAGUCAUCGAUAGCCUCUGUAAGGAUGGAAUGGUAUCGAAAGCUUUGGACAUGUUUCUCGAGAUGAAGGAUAAGGAUAUUUUGCCAAAUGUUGUUUCUUACAAUUGCUUGAUUUCUGGUUUAUGUAUCUCAAGCCAAAGGAAUGAAGUUAUGAAGUUGUUGAAUGAAAUGAUGGCAAAUAAGAUCAUGCCUAACGUAGCUACCUUCAACCUGAUGAUUAAUGCUUACUGUAAGAAGGGAGAUGUUCUGGAGGCUAAAGCUAUUGUCAAAAUGAUGAUUGAAAGAGGGCUGUUGCCAGAUGUCAUCACUUACAAUUCGUUGAUGGAUGGGUAUUGUUUGCGCAACGAAUUAGACAAAGUUGAACAGUUAUUUGAUUUCAUGGUGAACAUGAGAUGCAAACCUGACGUUUAUAGUUAUAGUGUUAUGAUUCAUGGAUAUUGUAAUGCUCAGAGGAUGGAUAAGGCUGAAAGAAUUAGUUAA